AUGAUAGAUGAGAAGACUGGACAACUGGCAGGAAAUUUAACCACCGUCCAGAUAUACUCUUAUUCAAUAAUUGACUUGAUGUCCUUUUUAUCAGGACUUCUAUUAGUAUGACUAUAUUUACGAGUAAGAAGAUUAUCAGAAACCCCUGGAUUUUUAAUCCUCAUGCUAUGUGAAAUUUUAGCUCUUCAAUCUUUUUGCUAUGUAUAUACUGCUUAUCACUUUAUUAUUACCCAGUAAAUAAUAACACAGAGAAUUGAAAAACGGUUCUACAUGCUUUUUGCAUGGAAUUCUAAUGACCUUUUUGAUAGCUUUAUCAUGAAAUAUAGCCUUGUGUUUAGCUAUAGAGCUAUUACUGCAAGUAAAUAUGAGCAUAAAGAAUGAUGAAUCAAGGCUAUGAUAUUACCAAACCACUUCUUAUAUAGGGGCUUUUGCGUUUACCUUGCCAAUUACGAUAACUGGAGGUCAUGGGUUAUCAAUAAAUGGGAUUUGUUCCAUUAUGAAAGACUCAUGAGGAAAUUUACUUAUGUGGGUAUUUUACCUAUAUUUGCCAAUUUAUCUAAUGUGUGGUUUUUCUAUUAUAGUUUCAUAUAUAAAAAAACCCAGAAAAAAAGUGGCAAUUAGAAAUGGUAUUUUGCUUCUGGUUUUUGUUUUCUUAUCUUUGCCAUAUACAUUGGAGCACUUGAUCGCUUACAAUUUCCCAUACACUGAUUUAUCUGGGCUGAAAGAAUUUGCAAUAAUCUGCCGAAGCUUGAUUGGGCUUAUUAUUUGUACUAUCAGAUCUACAGAUAAUGAAAUAAGGGAAACUGUCAAAAAAAUGUCCCGUGUUUCUAGCAUCAUGGACCCUGUAUUCUUUAUAUAGCUAAUUGAAAACGAUUUAUUUAAUCUGGCAACUGUUUCUAUAUUAGAAAGUGUUUUAACUAAAAAAGAUGUAGAUGUGAAAGAAAUGGAAAAUGACAGGCUAAAAAUAACGCUGCUUUGCUUGUCAAACCUGAUUGGGAAAAUCCACACAAAUGCUCAGGAACUGCACCAUCAGAAUUUCCCAUGGCCGGAUAAUUUUUAUAAUGAUAAAAUCGACCAUGAAAUUGUUGAAGCUGAUAUUCCUUACAAAAUUAAUUAAAUUUUUUUUAAUUAGAAAUAAUUUUAUUUGCAAUGCUAGAAAUCAAGGGGAAUAUUGCUAGUUCAGAGCUAACUGAAGAACAAAAAAAGAAAUGUAAAAAUAAUUUAGUCCAAAGGUUCAGCUGUAAAAUAGUUGAAUAUGCUCCAAUGGUUUUUUUCCAUAUUCUAAGCCAAGAUGGAAUAUCUCAGAGUGAUAUUAUUCAGAAUUUAAAAGAAGGGAUUUUAGAAGAACAAAUUGAUUUGAAUUUAUCUGGCUACCCGACUCGGUCUCUUCACAAUUCUCCAUUCCACUCGAAAUAUCUGCUGAGAGAAAUUUCAGACGAAGAACUGGAAAUGUUUUUAUCAUCCCUUCCGAAAAUUCAUAAAUAUAUAACUGAAGAAUCCCACAAUAAAUCCUUGCUUGUCAGAGUUUUAGGACUAUUUUCUUUUUUCCCCAAAUCGAAACACCCAUAUAACGUAAUUCUUUUGGAAAACAUAGUACCUCCUGAUGCUAUAGCUUUUGCCUUUUUCGAACUAAAAGGUACGAAGCUUAACCGACAAGUUUUAUCUGAUCCUUCCACAUUUACCAUCAAAAACUGUCCAACUGAGUAUUUAUUAAAAGACCUUGAUUUCUGCCAAAUUCAGCAGAAUAUUUAUCUAUCAUAUUACGACCAAACUUGGCUAAAAUUGAUGAUAGAAAACGACGUCCAAUUUUUAAAAGAAAUGGGCUCAAGUGAAUAUUCAUUAUUUUUAACAAUUGCACCUUCUCUAUAUAAAGAAGAUUUGCAGCAUCGAUAUGGAAGACACGUUUUUAGUGGCCAAGAAGAAGACAAAGACAAAAUUUAUAUUUUAGGGAUAAUGGAUAUUUACAUUAAUACCAAAAAAAAGUCACCAAAAACACCUAGGAUUGAAGAAUCGCCUGAAAGGUAUGCAGCAAGAUUCCUGAGCUUUUUUGAAAGUAUUAUUAAGUGCGACUCUUUAUAA